CUAAGCCGUAUCUAAAACAACUGGAAUAAUCCCUUGUAACAAAAACACAACAAUUAAUUUAUUAGGUAUUCAUGAUUGAUUGGGCUAUAUAUAUUAAAUAUUCUACAAUGGUAAAUGUAUAUAUUUUGAGCUAUCUAUGUUAAGGUAAAACAUCUUAUCUCUAAAAAUAUUAGAAAGGAGUAAAAAACAAUUGAGCAAAAAAAAAUUAAAAAAAAAGUAAAAAAUCACUAGUCAAUAAAUAUGAAAUAUUUUCUAUGAGUGUUUAUUUAUUUUUAAAAACUACAUAUAAUUGAAUUCGAGAGAGCAUCCCAAGUCGAAUCUAAAACCAUUUGAAUAAUUCCUUAUAAGAAAACACAAUUUUUCAUCCUUAGAAAAUUGCCUCUGCUUGCAAUUCUUUGUUGUUAUUUCACAAACGUUUCAUAUUUUAUUGUAGAACGGGAUUGUUGCUAUUUCAUGCCAUGAUGGCUACAACGACAGAGAUGCUACAGUCAUGAACAAAUAUUCAAUUGACAAAGGAUUUUUUCCGCUCUGUGUCUUAUCGCACAUACAAGUCAAUAAUCUGCGUUUGAUCUUGUGUUGUUUUCCUGUGUUCUGAAAAUUGAGAAUGAUUUUCCCUUAUACACUCCUUUGAUCUCACUUGCAUUUUCUUUGUAAUCAAGAUGCCAGAAAAUGAAAGGAAUACUGUUUAAGAAGCCACAAAAAGACGCAUGAUGCAUUUGGACGAUGAUGGUCUUCCACUCCUUGUGAGUUUCAGUUUUUUUUUUUUUUUUUUGUGUUUGGUGACUUGAUGUGAACUUUAUUGUUAAUCAUACGAUUUCUCUUUAAUUCUUUUGUUUAGGGAACAAGAUAUUUGGAACCCAAGGUAAUCAUAGGGUUAAAUGAGGAUGAUAAUCUUGUCUAUUAGUAAAAUGUGUGUCGCUUUGUGUUAUUUGAUGGAUUUACUUACUUUGAUUUUGUUUUUAGAUGUUGUUGACUACACAUGCUCCAAGUGGGUCUCGGUUGGUGAAAGUGAAACGAGAAUGGUUGGAACUCCACAUAUCAUAAGUUCAGCAGCCGCCACUCACUAAAAUGAUUUAUAGGGAUGACCACUUCUCAAAAAGAUAUGCCAUGGACAGUGGAAGACAUCACUCCCGACAUUAUCAUCAUCCCACACUGAUAUUGAAAUACUGAUAAUUAAAAUGUUUUUGUAGGUUGAUAACAUUAGUAAAAUGCUUCAUAGUAGACACUCCUACCAGAGAGGGAUGUGAGAGGAUGUAUGACGGUCAUACCGAGAGACCGAUCACGUCAAUGAUCUCUACAAGUUUUCCUUAGAUAUGUAAUGUUAACAUUUAGUUGUGUUUUGACUAAAUAGUCUCCCGUAAUACAUACCAAUCUCACGGUUGAAAAGCAAGUAUUUUAGAUCACAAAGGAAUAUGUAUAGAUUGUGGACAAGAUGAUACAUAUGCAACUUUUGAGAAUCUAGUCGCAAGUACAAGUUUUGGUCAUUUUCUAACAGUUUCCUUUCCUAAGCCAGAACAAAGGUGGAUGACAUGGUUGAUCGAGGCUUGAGGGAAUAUGUAUAUGCAGAGCAAGAGAAGAGUACCAUGAUUUUCAUAUCUAUCAAGGUAAAGUUAUUUAGUUAAAAAGUAAGCAUAUUGUUACAAAGAGUUUGAGAUCCAAAGCACUUGUUUAUUCUAGCUCUAUAAAAACCGAGACGUUCUAGAGGCCACUAUGAGAUUCACUCAUCACUAAUAUUGGAUGUAUGUACAUCAAUUAUAAAAUGUUGCAAAUAACAAAAAAAAAUUAGUAUUCUAAUAAUAAUAUGUCAAAUCUAAUUUUUUAAAUAUUUUGUUUACUAAUACAAGUAUUCUAUUUAGUUUUGUCUAAAAUACAUAAUAAUAUUAUUUUGUCUUUAAUUAUUUCAUAUUUUUAUAUAAAGUGUUGCAAGUUUAUAAUUAACAGGGCAUAAAUAAACUAUAAUAUAUAUAAAAUUAAAAAUAUAUCCUAAGCUAUGCAAAAUGUGUAUUUUAUUAGAAUAAAUGUACUAAUAUACACAAUCAUAUUAAAUGGUAUUUUUUAUAUACAUAACACAUUUGAAUUUUUUUUUGAUAGUUUUUGUAUAUGAAAAAUGAAUCUAAUAUACCAACAUCUAAAAUCGAUACCAUCAACUAAUACAAUUUACAAACAAUUAAAGCAUAUGAUUAACAUAUAAAUUGAAUUAUAUAAAAAAAAAAAAAAACAGUCUCCCUCCGGGAUGAAUUCAAUUGUCAUUCGGUUUGGGUUUUGCAAACCGAGAGUGACAAUUGAAUUGGAAAGAGCAAACCAAGCGGAAUCUUGAGAGAUCCCUUGUAUAACAAAUGAAAACGCUCCUCCGCUUUAUUCUCCGUCUCUCGGAAGAAAGAUUCCUCUUCGUUUGAUUCUUCCAGCUGUUUCCUUCAGAUUCAUUCCCUCAGGUUGACAAUGGGUCAAACAUUUCGCAAGCUGUUCGAUACCUUCUUCGGCAAUCAGGAGAUGAGGGUCGUUAUGCUGGGUCUGGAUGCAGCUGGUAAAACAACGAUACUCUACAAGCUGCACAUAGGAGAGGUUAUGUCCACUGUUCCCACAAUCGGUUUCAAUGUGGAGAAAGUACAGUACAAGAAUGUGAUGUUUACAGUUUGGGAUGUUGGUGGCCAAGAAAAGCUCAGGCCCUUGUGGAGGCAUUACUUCAAUAAUACCGACGGACUUAUAUACGUGGUGGACUCCUUGGACCGAGAGAGAAUUGGCAAAGCUAAGCAAGAGUUUCAGGAGAUCAUAAAAGACCCAUUCAUGCUCAACAGUGUCAUUCUAGUGUUUGCAAACAAACAAGACAUGAGAGGAGCCAUGUCUCCACGAGAAGUAUGUGAAGGGCUUGGCUUGUUAGAUCUCAAGAACAGGAAAUGGCAUAUACAAGGCACAUGUGCUCUUCAGGGAGAUGGUCUCUAUGAAGGCUUAGACUGGUUAUCCUCUACGCUCACAGAGGUUAGAGCCGCUGGUUACUCAUCGGUUGGUCCCUCAUUUUAACUUUACUUUGUCCUCCAAAAGCCAGCUAGCUCAUGGUGUCUCAGUCUCUUCACCAUUUAUAUACUUUCGGCCUCUGAUAUGGUCAUGUCACACAGUCAAAAACUCUUUAAGACUUUUGUAAUGGAAGUGUUUUUUCUCUCUCUUUUGGUCUCCA